AUGAAUCAUCCAAAAGCUUAUUUCACUACUCCUUUGUCAAGAUUGGCAAAAUUACCCCCGUUUGAUUCGAAUACUCAAGUGGAUGAAUGGAAUCAAGAGUAUCAAGAGGAUGAAGGGGAUGAAGUCCAAACUUAAAAGUCACCUUUAACAAUCAUACAAUCCCGUCUAAAUGCAACAAUUAUUGAAGAGUUUAUAUUUCAACCAGCAGGCUAAUUGACAAAAAAACAGGAUUGGAAAGAUGAAUUCAUUUGGCUCUGA